AUGUGCAUUUAUAAUUUUUUUCUAUCAGGUAUCUGUAAAGCAUUGCAUGCAUGAUCAGCAGAUCAUGGAUUUCUCUCACCAGGGGGGACUGACAACUCAUGGGGCCCCCGGGCAAUAGGGGAUCAUGGGGCCCCUGUGUCCUGCCCAAACUCAAAAGAGCCUAUGAAAAAGGUACCAGGGGCAUCUCAUGGGGCCCCCUACUGACCCCGGCCCUCGGGCAGUGCUCAAGCUUCCAAAUGGUCAGUCCACCC